AUGUUAGCAGUCCAUAUUUUAGAUGAAUAUGGUAUCAUUCCAAGUGAAGUUAUCUCGCAAUAUGUCGAACGAAGUCUGUCUAUGGUCAUUGGGAUCAUGGCAAUCGAGAUGGCUGGUGGUGUUUAUUUUCCAUUGUCAUUUCGAGAUCCAGAGAAUCGUUUGCAUAUGCUUUUGCAACAAACACAAAGUCGUCUGGUUCUCGGCCAUUGUCUGACAAAAAAUAAAUUUAAUGGUAUUAUCACUAUAUUCGACAUUGAUUCUAUAUUGGUCAACAAUAAUUUAUUUCAACACACUAAUAUUGAUCAAUUAUCAUCUGUUCAUGUGACUAUGGACAGCAUAGCCUACAUUAUAUUUACAAGUGGUUCAACAGGAAUGCCAAAAGGAGCUCGAGUUCGACAUAGAAAUUUUAUUCAAUGUAUCUAUUCUUUAAUGUGCAUUGAUUCAUUUACUAACAAUGAUACAGUGAUUCAAAUGGCUAGAUGUUCAUUUGACAAUCAUGUUCAAGAAAUUAUUGGUUCAUUGAUAAUUGGAGCUACAAUAAUUAUGCUUCAUCCAAGAGGAACUGUUGAACUGAACUAUCUUGCUGAAGUUAUGAGAAACAAACAAAUUACUUAUAUGCACUCUGUACCAAGUUUACUUCGCAACUUUUUCACUUUUCUUAAACAGAAUCAUUAUUUACAUGUUGUAAAAUAUAUCAGAUCACUUUGUACUAUUGGUGAGCCAUGUUCUAUCAAGUUAGUCAAUUUAAUUCUCACUAAUCCUACACACCAUUUUACUUUUUGGAAUUGGUAUGGUUUAACAGAAGCUACUGUUGCUUGUACUUUUUAUCCCGUAAACAUUAUCGUUAAUACCGACAGUAUUCCAAUAGGACGUCCAUUGCCUAAUUAUCGAUAUUUGCUCUUGGAUAAUUUCUUACAAUUUGUCACGAUUAACCAAGAAGGUGAAUUAUUUAUAGGAGGUGUAGGCGUUUUCGCUGGUUAUCUUGGACGUGAUGAUUUGACACAGAGAGCACUCAUUGAAGUCGAUGAUGAGAUAUUCUAUCGGACAGGUGAUCUUGUUAGAAUGAUUCAUAAUGGAUUUCUCUAUUGUGACGGUCGAAAAGAUUUUCAAAUUAAAUUACAUGGACAACGAAUUGAACUUGGUGAAAUAGAAAGAUGUUUGCUUAACAUUACAACUAUCUCUGCUUGUGUUGUCAUGAAAUGGAAUGAUGAUUAUCUAGUUGCAUAUGUUCAAUCUUCUUCUCCUCAUGUGAAUGAAGAACAACUACGUCAACAUUGUCAAUCUCAUCUUCCACCACAUAUGAUUCCAUCUUUCUUUAUGAUACUUGAUAAGUUACCUUUAAAUGCUAAUGGAAAAGUAGAUCGAAAAUCUUUACCAAUACCGAAAACUUCGUUUCAUUCUUCUGACACGAACCAUUAUCAACAUGUAGAACCAAGCAAUGAACUCGAAAUCUAUAUUUAUUCAUUGUGGUAUCAGAUUCUCCGUCAAACCAGAAUUUCUACCAAUACAAAUUUUUUUGAUAUCGGUGGUCAUUCUCUCUUACUUAUUCAACUAUAUCAGAAUUACAAGAUGACACUCAAAAUUGAUACGACUAAGAUCAGUAUUUCUGAAUUUUUUCGACAUACCACUAUUGCUGAUCAUGCUCGUCUCAUUCAUCAAUCAAUAGAUGAUCCAGAAACAUAUCAAAAACUUUUGUCUACUCUGCGUAAUAUGCAAGAAAUGUCUAGUCAGAAGCAUGCUCAUUCGAUUUCUCAAGAGAAUAUCAUACUUGUCGCAGAUGAAUUGUCACGAUACGAACCAUUUCCUGUUACAGAUAUUCAACUAGCAUAUCUUGUUGGACGUGAAGGUGUCAUUGAACUUGGUCAUGUUUCUGCUUUUGUCUAUAAUGAAUAUGAUUUCUCAUCAACGUUCAACAUCGGAUGCUUGGAACGAGCACUAAAUUAUUUAAUUCAACGGCAUGAAGCAUUGCGUCUUAUCUUUCCCUCUCAUACGGAACAGAUAAUUCUCAAAACAACUCCUUAUUAUACUAUAUCUAUUUUUAACUUAGAUGAUCUUCAGUCUUCCCAAAAACAUCUAAUAGAACGACGAGAACAACUAUCACAUCAGGUUCGACCAGCUGAUCAAUGGCCGUUAUUUGAUUUUCAAAUAACUCGCUUUAUUAGUGAUGACGGUUAUAAUAUACGUUUGCAUUUUGGUAUCGAUAUACUCAUCUUUGAUUUCUGGAGCAUGAAUUUAGUUUUACAUGAAUUAAAUCAAUUGUAUUGUAACUUGAAUCAUAACUUGGUAGAACUAAAACUAUCUUAUCGAGAUUACAUUCUGGCAGAGGAACAAUGGAAGCACACGACCAUUUAUAGCAAUGAUAGACAAUAUUGGAUCAAUCGUUUAAAAUCGUUUCCAUUAGGUCCAGAUUUACCAUUACAGUAUUUACCAAACGAGAUAAAUGUUCAACGUCAUUGCAAUGUAGCAACUAUAUUAGAUCUAUCAUUGUGUCAAAAAUUAAGAAAACGUAUUACCGAUCAUGGGCUGACACCAGCCGGUUUCUUGGCAUCAAUUUACGCUUUAGUAUUGGGUAAAUGGAGUGAAAAUAAACAUUUUGCUUUGAACCUACCAGUUUUCAAUCGAUUACCUAUUCAUCCACAAGUUAAUCAAAUAGUAGGAGAUUUUACAACAAUUAUACCAUUGGAAAUUAAUUUGGAUAAGAUAAUCACUUAUUAUGAAUUUAUUCACACUGUGCAGAAACAAUUAUGGAACGAUCUUGAACAUAUAUCUUAUGAUGGUGUGUCAUUUAUUCGUGACUUAAUCCAGAUGCAUCAGACACGAGAAAUUCUUUUACCAUACGUUUUUACAUGUGGAGUAGAUGCUGAAGAUAUGCGUGAGAAAAAUGUUGAGCACAAUAUAUUUUUUGAUCAAGAGCCGGUUUAUGCGAUUAGUCAAACACCACAGGUUUUUCUCGAUCAUAUAGUAAUGGAAAUUAAUGGUUGUCUAUCAAUAAAUUGGACAUAUGUAGACAGUUUAUUUCGAAAGGAAAUGAUCAAUCAUAUACAUGAUACAUAUGUUGAUUUACUUGUCAAAUUAGCUUCGUUUGAUGAUAUAUGGCAAAAGCCCAUAUUCGUCUCUUUGCCUUUUGAACAACAAGAACGACGAUUAGAUUUUAAUCAAACACAAUGGGAAUCAAAUAUUAAAGAUAGAUUAAUUCAUUCACUCGUCAUUAAACAAGCUGAGCUAACACCUAAUGCAUUAGCUAUUCUCUCUUCUCAACUAAAUUUAACUUAUAGACAACUAAUGAGUCGUGUGUACUCACUAGCAUACCAUUUGCAACAACAGCAAACAUAUACCAAUCAAUUAAUUGCUAUCCUAAUGAAAAAAGGAUGGGAGCAAGUAGUGGCUUGUUUAGCUACUUUAGUGUCAGGUGGUGCUUAUUUACCUUUGGAUAUUGAUUCACCUUACGAUCGUCUUUGUUCAUUAAUCGAAGAAACUAAUGUCACAAUUCUUCUUACACAAUCUCAUUGUCAACAUAGAUUUCCACAUCUUACAACUAUCCCAGUCGAUACAUGCACAAAUAACGACUAUUCUAUACCAUUUUCUAUUAAACAACAAUCACCAACUGAUUUAGCUUAUGUUAUUUAUACAUCUGGAUCAACUGGAAAACCAAAAGGUGUUAUGAUUAGUCAUCAAGCUGUUGUAAAUACUAUUUUAGAUAUGAAUUCAAGAUUAGAAAUCUCAACUAAUGAUAGAAUAUUUGCAUUAUCACAUUUAAAUUUUGAUUUAUCAGUUUAUGAUAUAUUUGGAAUAUUAAUUGCUGGUGGAACUAUUGUUCUUCCAGAUCAUGAAGAUUAUAAAAAUCCUCAACAUUGGUCUGAUAUGAUAAUUAAACAUCAUGUCACUAUUUGGAAUAGUGUUCCAAUGUUAAUGCAAAUGUUUGUUGAACAUCUCAAACAUACGAGUAAUAAUCAGAAUCAAUUACGACAUAUCUUAUUAAGUGGAGAUUGGAUACCACUAUCUUUACCUAAUUCAAUACGAAUAACAUUGGGUGAACAAGUAACAAUAACUAGUUUAGGUGGUGCAACAGAAGCAUCUAUUUGGUCAAUUGCCUAUACUCUACCAAAAGAAAUACCACACGAAUGGAAAUCAAUUCCUUAUGGAAUUCCCUUAAGAAAUCAACAAUAUUAUGUUUAUGAUAUACAUAUUCAUGAUUGUCCUGAAUGGGUCAUUGGUGAAUUGUAUAUUGGUGGUGAAGGCUUAGCCAAUGGUUAUUGGAAUGACGAAGAAAAAACACAAUCAAGUUUUUUUAUUCAUCCAUUAACUAAUGAACGUCUUUAUCGAACAGGUGAUUAUGGUCGAUUUCUACCAAAUGGAUAUAUUGAAUUUACGGGACGGAAAGAUUUUCAAGUAAAAGUACAUGGUCAUCGUAUUGAACUUGGUGAAAUUGAACAUAGUUCACAACAACAUCCAGAUAUUCAACAAGCUAUUGUUAAUUUGGAUGACAAAUCUCAACAGUUAGUUGGAUAUGUUAUGCCAGAAAAACAGUCUAUUUAUAAUAAAGAAUAUGAUUCAACAGAGAUAUUAAUCACUGAUUCUAUUGAGCGCAUCAAUUUUAAGCUUGCAAGACAUAGUAUAAGACAUCAAAGGAAGGUAGAAAAGAGCUUUGCUCUAACAAAACCGAAGCUUACAGAAACAUUCAUCAAUGCAUAUUAUAUGAGAAAAAGUUAUCGACAAUUCACAAAUGAAACUAUCGAAAGAUCUACUAUCGAAAAGUUGUUAAAAAACUGUUACAAUAACAACAAUAACGAGAAAAUAUGUUUAUCUCACCUUGAUUUUGAUAUUCUUAGUCAAUUAUUGGGAGUAUUAACAUCGAUCAGCAUUUCUGAUCAACCUUUACCAAAAUAUCGUUAUGCUUCAGCUGGUAGUCUUUAUCCAGUUCAAGUAUAUAUUGAAUUACCAACAUCUAUAGAUAAUAUUUUGCCUGGUGUUUACUAUCAUAAUCCAGAUGAGCAUACUCUAGAGCUAAUUAGUACUCAUAUUAAUAAUGAAAUGAAGAAUAUAAGAUUACAUCUGGUUGGACGAUCAUCAGCAAUUGCACCAUUAUAUGGUCAAAGAUUGGGUUCUCAAUUUUGUAUGCUAGAAACAGGAUAUAUUAUGGGAUUAUUAGAAAAAGAAGGAUCAAGAUUAGGACUGACAUUUUCGAAAAAUACUCAUAAUGAAUCUAUGACUGGCGAUAUUUUGAAUAUAGGUGAGCAUAAUACACAUUGUUGUUUCAAAAUUUCAUCGUCUGAGCAACAUAUAUCUAGUAAUGUACAAAAUGACAAUUAUCAAUGUAUUAUUUAUCUAAAAUCGGUCAACAAUAACAAAGACCAAUGGUUUAUUUAUAAUAAAGAAAAUGAUACUGUGACAUCUUUAGAUGUCGAAACUGCAACUAUAGAAGAGGAAACACCACUGUUCUUUGAUGAUGACAAUGAUGCAAAGAUUAUAUUCCAUGAUUGUCAAGGUGCAAUCUUCUUCACCGGACGAUCAGAAUGCACAAUGAACAUAGGAAAGAUGUCACAUUUAUUAAUGGAUCAUUGUUUAGAAAUGAAUAUCGGCAUGUGUCCAAUUGGUACUCGCGAGAAUUUUCCAAAAAAAAUUAAUGAUGUAUUAGAUACUAUUCUUAUUCAUGAGAAACUAAAUGGAAGUGAUAUAUUACAUACAUUAUUUAUUGGAAAGAUUAGCAAUAAACAAAAAAGUGAACGCACUAUUUCGACAGUAAAAUCAAUGCCAAACUGGAGUGAAACAUUACGAGUAUAUCUAACAAAAAAGCUUCCAAUGUAUAUGAUACCAUCACAUUUUAUAAGUGUUUCAUCAUUUCCGUUAAGUCCAAAUGGUAAAAUUGAUCGAAAAGCUUUACCAGAGAUAUCACUAUCAGUGUUUCAACAAGAAGAUACUUAUAAUGUACCAAAGACUGAACUAGAAAAGAUGAUUGCGAACAUUUGGCAAGAAGUAUUAUGCACAAAUCGACUUAUUAUACAACAUGAUGAUCUAGAAUCGAACAAGCUCUCAUCCGUUGAAAACGAAACAGUAUCUUCGAUAUAUUCUCCAAUUAUAAAUGUCUCUGGUAUAGACAAACAAACAUCUUUUCUUAUAUCUACUACAGCUAGUUUCUUCAGCGUUGACGGCAAUUCCCUUUUACUUGUUAAGAUCUAUCAACGUUAUCAAUCAAAAUUUAAUUUUGAAUCAGAAGCAUUGAGUAUUCGAUCAUUCUUCGAAUAUAACACCAUAGUAGAACACGCAAGAUUACUUGAAAGAAUCAUCAUCGAUGGUACACAACUGAAACAAUGGCAUACACUGAAUAUUAACGAAGGUAUCGCAUCGUAUGCUCAAGAACGUAUAUUCCUUGAUGAACAAGUUCGUUUCUCUGAUCAAAUUGCUAUUUACAAUGAGCUGAUUAUUCUAAGAGUUACGAAAGGUUCAUUAUCAGUGAAUUGUUUAUUGCAAGCACUUCGCUGUGUUCUAAGCAUACAUAAGAUAUUAAGAACUUCUCUAGCUUUUAAUGAUGAAAAUAAUAUAUUAAAACAAUCUAUUACUGAUAAACAUCUAACAUUUACAUUGGCUGCCGAUCAAACAUUCAAAACUGAAACUGAUCUUCACAACAUUAUCUCACAAAUAAAUAUUAAUCCUACUUUAUUCGAUUUAUCAAGUGGUCGUGUUUUUUAUUGUCAAAUUCUUAGACAACAGAUGAUACCUGAUGACAAUUAUGAUAAAGAAAUUAUUACAAAUUCUGAUGUUCUUGUGAUCGGCUUUCAUCAUGCUGCAGCUGAUCAAUCAACUGUCUCGAUUUUUUUAAAUGGUUUAUGUAAUACUUACAAUAGUAACAUGACGUGGUUAGAUGAUGAAGAAUCAUUACAAUAUAUUGAUUAUAGUAUUCAUGAGCGUCUCAUUGAUAUGACAUUGUCGUGUGCAUUUUGGCGUUCACAACUCGAAGGAUGUAACUUGAAACAUCGAUUGUCUUUACCAAUCGAUCAGCAUUGUUUAUCUAAUGAUCAACGAUCUGGUUUUGCUUCUACCGUGCAAAUCAAUUUCGACAGGAAAAUAUCCUCAUCAUUUCUUAAUCACGCUUCUUUACAUCAUUUGACACUAUUUCAACUCGGAUUAGCUACAUUCUAUACUUUUUUAUUCAAGUUAACAUAUCGUCAAACUGAGUUAUGGAUUUCAUGCGUUAAUGCUAACCGAUACAGACCUGAAUUACAGAGUAUAAUAGGUAUGUUCGUUUCAACAUUACCGUAUUGUAUGCAACUUGAUCCUUGUUGGUCAUUUGAUGAAGUAGUUAAACAUGUACGAGAAAAAUGUUUAUCAAUUCUUGAACAUUCUCAUUAUCCACUUCAACAUAUUCUUCGUGAUUUUCAUCUUGAUCAAUCAACUGCUCCUUUUCUUCAAACAGUUUUUGAUUUCAUUAUUGAAUCUUCAGUUAAUGAUCAAUUCACUUUCGAUGAUGUUAGCUUACAACCUGUAUCAUUAGAACACCUUUCGGAAGUGGCUAAGUUUGAUUUUACAUUGAAAUUUAUUUACGAUCCAUUCUCGGAUGACAACAUAUUGUCAUGUCGUUUUAUUUGUUCACGUGAUCUAUUUGAAGAUAAGACAGUUACAGAAAUGAUACAAAGAUUUCAAUAUCUUUUUGAACAACUUUUCACAGCGAAUUUCAACGUUAAUCAGACUGAUUUAGAUGUUUCACCUAUUGCCAAACUUACUCUUAUCUUGCCAGAUGAAGUGAAUGAAAU